AUGGACGACUCGACGACCCGGCGUGGCCAGCCCUGCUGGCACCGGCAGCCGCAGAUAGGAUUAAUGGCCAUCAACGACGCGUGCAUACUGAAAUCCACCAUCUUCUUCCUCCUCAAGACCUUCUUCCGCCAGCACCCGGCGUACAUCAACAUGGUCGACCUCUUCGUCGACAAUGGCCUUCACACCGAGCUGGGUCAACUGUCCGAUCUCGCCGCCGCCAAGGAGCCCGACAUUGAAAAGUUCACCAUGGAGCAGUACUGGGCCAUCGUCAAGGACAAGUCGUCGUACAGCAUUUCCGGCCCCGUUACAUUGGCCUUGGAGUAUUGGCAGCUCGCCACGCCCAAGAAUCUGCAGCAGACGCGCGACUUUUCCGUGGCGCUGGGCGAGUAUUUCCAGGUAAACGACGACUACGUCGACGUCUUUGGGGAUUAUGCCACUACGGGGAAACACGGGACGGAUAUCCAAGACAACAAGUGUACUUGGUUCAUCAUUGAAGCCUUGUCACGAGCAAACAAUGAGCAGCGACAGCGUCUGCUGCAAGGAUACGGGAAGAAGGACGCGUCUCGGGUUGACGAGGUGAAGCGAAUAUUUGCCGAGCUGGAGCUGCAGCAGGCAUUCAGGAGCUAUGAGGAGCAGCAACGGGCCAAGAUAGAGGGCAUUAUUGCAGCCGUGGACGAGAGCGAAGGGCUGAAGCGUGAUAUAUUCCACGCCUUGUUUAAUGGGUUCCGAAAGGGCCGGCAGUUUUGA